AUGGAACAGCUUGUCCUUGGUGCCAUCUCAAGUCAUAUCAAGGGUAAGAGGGUCAUUAGGGACAGUCAACAUGGCUUCACCAAGGGGAAGUUGUGCUUGACCAACCUCAUAGCCUUUUAUGAAGAAAUAACGAGGUGGAUAGAUAAUGGCAGGACAGUGGAUGUGGUCUACCUUGACUUGAGUAAGGCAUUUGACACAGUCUCCCACAGCAUCCUCACAGCUAAACUGAGGAAGUGUGGUCUGGACGAUCGGGUGACCCAUGAGAAGUACGACCCUGUGUUCAUGGUGUGGCUGGGGACCUGGUGGGUGCUGGUGCUCUGUGGACACGCCGUGGUGCACGAGGGGCUGGUGGACAACGCCGCGGCCUUCGCCAGGUGCAGACACCUGCCCACCCUGGAGAGCACCUUCCACAGCCACGGUGCUGACCCACCCAAGGGUGCUACCCACCCCCUAUGGGUGCUGCCCCCCCAUGUCCCCUCCCUAGUAUGCUGUUUCCCCAAGGGUGCUGACCCCCCCGUUUCCCCCCCAGGGGUGGUUUUCGCCAAUGGGGAGCGCUGGCGGCAGCUGCGCCGCUUCUCGCUCUCGGUGCUGAGGGACUUCGGGAUGGGCCGGAAAAGCAUCGAGAGCCGCAUCCAGGAGGAGGCGCAAGCGCUGCUGAAGGAGCUGCGAGACACCCGGGAAAAGCCGUUUGACCCCACAUACCUGCUGAGCUGCGCUGUGUCCAACAUCAUCUGCUCCAUCGUGUUCGGGAAUCGCUUCGACUAUCGUGACAGCGAGUUCCUGGAGCUGCUGCGGCUCAUGCACGAGAGCUUCUGGGAGGUCAGCACCCCAUGGGCGCAGUCUAUGGGUGCAGGUGGGACAGGCAGGAUUCAAGGGGUGCUGGGAGACCACCCUGUCCUGCUCGGCACUGCAGAGAAGGUGCACGAGGAGAUCGACCAGGUGAUCGGCCACGAUCGGGCGCCCACUUUGGAGGACCAGGGCUGGAUACCAUACACGGAUGCCGUGAUCCAUGAGAUCCAGCGCUGCAGUGACCUCAUCCCCCUCAACGUCCCCCACCGUGUCACCCCUGACAUCGUCUUCCGUCCUGGGAUGCCCCGCGACUUCAUCGACUGCUUCCUGCAGCACAUGGAGAAGGAAAAGUCAAACCCCUCCUCGGAGUUCACGCUGGAGAACCUGGAGCUCACCACCCUCAACCUUUUCUUUGCCGGCACCGAGACCGUCAGCUCCACCCUACGCUACGGCUUCCUCAUGCUCAUGAAGCACCCGCACGUGCAGGAGAAGGUGCACGAGGAGAUCGACCAGGUGAUCGGCCGCGAUCGGGCGCCCACUCUGGAGGACCGGGGCCGGAUGCCAUACACAGAUGCCGUGAUCCACGAGAUCCAGCGCUGCAGCGACCUCAUCCCCAUCAACGUCCCCCACCGUGUCACCCGCGAUAUCGUCUUCCGUGGCAUCUCUGUGGCAUCAUCCGACACCGACGUGUACCCGCUGCUCAGCUCCGUCCUGCAUGACCCCUCCGUCUUCAAACACCCCAACGCCUUCGACCCCACGAAUUUCCUGGAUGAGAGUGGCCGCUUCAAGCGCAAUGAUGCGUUUGUCCCCUUCUCCUCAGGGAAGCGGCUGUGCCUGGGUGAGGGUCUGGCGAGGAUGGAGCUGUUCCUGUUCCUCUGCACCAUCCUGCAGAACCUGCGGCUGCAGCCACUGCAGCCCCUGGAACAGCUGUCGCUGGAACCACUGGUGUUCGGCUUCACCAAAAUCCCCCCCUUCUACCAGCUGUGCAUGGUGCCGCGCUGACCCCCUCCCACACCGAGACCUCCCCAGGCCAGGAACAUCCCCCCUCCAGCACCCAAACUGCCCCACACACACACUGAGACCCCCCCUGGACUGGGAAAUCCCCCUGUUAUUGGGAACCCCCCCGGCACCAGGACCCCCUCCAAGCGUUGAGCCCCCCCAUAAAGUCUCUGG